AACCACCACCCUAUAAAUCGCAAUCAUCACUCUAUCACAAUAAAACCCACAGACAACAACUCCUGUUCAUCAUCCUUGCACCGGACAAAACCCCACCCGUUUCUUCCUUUCUCUCUCUAUAUGUAUCUCUAUAUAGAGUGAGAAAGAGAAAGAAGCACUAAAGCACCAUCAAUGGACCUUGGGAAUUCUUUUAAUCCUACAAGAAACAGUGUCAUCUUUCUCGACGAUUUCUGCCACCACUUUUCUUUCUUUUCAUCUUCUUCAGUUUGCUCUUCGAUGUCUUUUGGGAUUAUUUCUAAUUUGAUGGCCGCAUCAUCGUCGUCUUCAUCAAACCCUUCUUGUAACCCCAUUGGUACCCAUUUUACUGCUGAAGAAUACAAUUGAAUAGAUAAUCUUUUUUUAUCAUCUUUUCUCUGUAUUUCACCGCUUGUUUCCUGUAAAGUUUAAUCUCUUUCUACCUAAAGAAAUGAUGUUGCUUGCAUCACUAUCUGGGGUUUUUCGUCAUCAACAAAUGACUAGUUCUUCAAUUUUUCGGCCUCUUCUAAGGUCCGGAAUUGAUCGGAAUGCUGAUAAGAAAUCCAGGAACUUUGCCGAUUUCACUACUCCGACCACCGUGAUCAAGCAAAAGAGGAGGUGGUCGAGCUUAUCACCGAUGGCUGCAGCUGCUCCGGUGAAGACCGGUGGUUUUUCUCCUCCCAAAUUCUACCAGGAGGUUUUGAUUGCUGCAAGAGCAAAUUUUGCACAGGAGAUAUCUUUUCAGUCUAAAGACAAAGACAUAUCCCUUGCUAAGUCUUUGCUUCAUAUUUCUGCCGAAGAUGAGGCGUUUAUUGCUUUCAAUCGCGAAAUGGAUGCACAUUCAUUGGAAAAUGAACGAAAAGGUGGAAAAGUGUCACUUGAUCUCCAAGAUCCAAAUAAAACAGACUCCAUGGUGAUGGAAGGAAAGAGAAUGGAAGAGUGGUUAUCAGAGUUGGAUGCCAUUGCUAAAGAGGUCGAGGUGGAACUAAUUUCAAGAGACAUAGGUUGCCAUUUGAUUGAAGUUUUGGAAGCUGUGAACAAAGUUCUUUUUGAGUCACGAGGCUUCAAAAGAUCACUUGUUGUGGAUUCCAAAUGUUCCUAUUUGCAUCAUGUUUUAAGCUCCAAAUGUGGUAGUGCCAUUUUGCUUAGUGUAAUCUACAUUGAGGUUUGUCGAAGACUAAAUUUGACUAUUGUUGGAUCCCGAGUUGGGGAAGACUUUUUAAUCUGGCCCCAAACAGGAAAUCCAGAGGAGCUUUUUAAGGUCAAAUCAGGGAACACUUUAUUUGGGAUUGUUAAUGGGCGAUGUGUUGAGAACCCAAGGUCAAAGGCAUCGGAUUUAAACAGCAAUUCACUUUUGGGCCUUGAUAUUGCUACAAAUCGGGAUAUUAUUGGGAUUUAUCUCGCUAAUUUAAUUAGGCUUCAUUGGAAACGUGCUUCAAGGAUGAAUCGUGGUUUAAUGUUGACUUCUCCACUUAGGCCGGUUGAUGAUGAAAAGACUGAUAGUUCGAGUAAACCCUUGUUACGUCCACAAGAUCUUAGGCUGGCUAUCAUGGCAUCCGAGAGAUUGCUUAUAUUGCAGCCACAUAAUUGGGCUUUGAGGAGAGAUCAUGGCAUGAUGUUGUAUUUCAGUAGGGAUUAUGGAGAAGCAGUUCAAGAACUAAGCAUUUGCAUGGCUUUUGCACCAGAAGAAGAGGCGGAAAUCUUGGAACCGUUUGUGGAGAAGUUGCAUUUGUUGAGGCUUGAAUCGUCUUGGAAAUCGUUGGGGCAAAAAGGUCAUUUGACAGUCACCUGAAAACGUUUCUGUGUUGUUUGUUUGUGGAAUAUUUAUAGUCGUAUCUCUUUGACUUUUGAACACUUGACUUAAGAAGUUAAUCUUGUAGGUGUAGGCUUGUUUAACCUUGUAAUCUGUAAGGCUUCUACUCUACUUUGACUUUUGAAUCAUGUUUCCUUUGGUCCUCUUAAUCAAUAUAAUAUAUUAUAGUAUUUUAUACAA